UUUCCCCAUAGAAGCUUCAGCUGAGCGUGUGACGGCGCGGUGGCUGAACAUAGCAGCAUUGCGCGCCUUGUGUCAGCGCUGGCAUGCCAUGUAUAGGAUCUAGUGUGUGCGGCUGCUGCAUCGGGGGCGAGUGACACCCGUUAGCCUCGUACCUGCACGCCAUAGCAUGAGUUCCGGGCUAGAUAUCAGGUAUCCUGGGCUGUGGUGAGAAGCGUUACUGCAGUAUUGAUUACAGAUUGGAUCUUAUUCUUCAUAUUUGUUAUUGUAUAACUUUCAUCAUGACUGGUGAGGUCCGGAAGCUUCCUAACUGGAUGUCAGAACAGAGUGCGUGUGGCACAAGUGAGGCUACAAAGAAGUCUGGUUGGAAGAGUAACCUCUUUGAAGGCAAUCUCCCAUUCUUGGAAUUUGAUGGCUCCAUUGUCUAUAGCUAUGAAGCGAAUGACUGCUCUUACUUGUCAGAGAUGAUCAGAGAGAAACUCCAAGAAGGAGAAGCCAUUGGAUUUGACAUUGAAUGGCCCCCUGUUUAUUUAAAGGGCAAAACUGGAAAGGUUGCUCUCAUCCAAGUGUGUGUUUCAGAAAAGGAAUGCUACUUAUUUCAUGUUUCCUCCAUGACAGGUUUUCCAAAGGGUCUUAAGAGGUUGCUGGAAGAUGUGAGUGUAAAAAAAGUUGGUGUAGGGAUUGAAGGAGACCAGUGGAAGCUGAUGAGUGACUGUGACCUGAAACUGAAAGGAUUUAUUGAACUUACUGAUUUGGCCAACCAAAAACUGAAAUGCAAAGAGAAGUGGAGUUUGAAUGGCUUGGUUAAACACCUUUUGUACAAGCAGCUUCUAAAGGAUGACUCUGUGCGCUGCAGCAGCUGGGACAGAUUUCCGCUUAGUGAUGACCAGAAAUUGUAUGCUGCAUCUGAUGCUUAUGCUGGGCUUCUAAUUUACCAGAAGUUAGAAAACAUGGAUGAGCAAGAGAUGUCUCUCUUACGUAUUGGAGGAGGAGCGUCUGCUGCAGUGAAGGACAAGUUAAUUGCUCUGUCACAAGAGUUUCUUGAAUUGGUGGAACAUGUCCCUAGUAACUUCAGAGAGGCGCAAAGAGCUGCCAAUAUUCUUGCAAAUGUUUCUGAGAACCUGGAAGAUUUAAGAAGCCUAGUUUUAGAGGCCUCCAAAGAGCAGAAAAAUGAAUCGGAGCAGACAAGCGAUGGUUCAUCGAAUAGUACUGGCCAGGCUGAAGCAAGUCUGUCUGAUCAUGGAGACCACUCAACAAAGAAAGAAGAUGACAAGAAUAGCAUACCUAACAAAGAUGGCCAAACUCAACUGAAUGGUGAAGACUUUUUCAUGACCUUGGGGAUCAGUGAAGAUGAGCUUUACAUGAUGGAGAAAGAAGCCAUUGAAGAAAGUAAGAGGAGCGAAAAUGAUGAGGACUUUUAUGGUUUUGAUGAUGAAUAUGAUGAAACAUAUAAGGCUCAAGUGAUCAAGGAACCUCUACAAAUGCUCUCACCUGAUAGUAAACAGUUGACUAAUGCCAUAGAUGAGGAUGAAGAUGAAGGUAUAGAAGAAGAGGAAGAUGAUGAUUGGGAUCCAUUAGUACCUGAACCAAAUGAUGAACAAAUAGCUUGCUUGAAGACCUAUUUUGGACAUUCACGUUUUAAGCCGGUUCAGUGGAAAGUUAUCUAUUCUGUUUUAAAAGAAAGAAGAGACAAUUUAGUUGUCAUGGCAACAGGCUAUGGAAAGAGUUUAUGUUACCAGUUUGCACCAGUUUACACAGCUGGUAUUGGCAUUGUGAUCUCUCCCCUUAUUUCACUCAUGGAAGACCAAGUUUUACAGCUUGAAAUGUCAAACAUUUCUUCCUGUUUUCUUGGAUCUGCACAGUCGAAAAAUGUUCUCCAAGACGUGAAAGCUGGGAAGUUUAAAGUAAUUUACAUGACUCCUGAAUUCUGUUCUGCUGGAAUCUCUCUACUUCAGAACCUAGACAACAAAUUUGGUUUAGCUCUGAUUGCUAUUGAUGAAGCGCAUUGUAUUUCUGAAUGGGGUCAUGACUUUAGAAGUGCCUACCAGAAUCUUGGAUCACUCAAGUCUACGCUGCCAUCGGUGCCUAUUGUGGCUUUGACAGCAACAGCAAGCCCUUCGAUUCGCAAAGAUAUUUUGGAUUCCUUGAAACUGCGCAACCCACAGGUCACCUGUACUAGCUUUGAUCGUCCAAACCUGUAUUUGGAUGUAGCUCGAAAGACCUCAAAUAUCACUCGAGAUCUUCAGCAGUUUCUUCUUAAGAAACAAGGGUCUGCCUGGGAGUUUGAAGGUGCUACUAUUGUUUAUUGCCCCUCCAGAAAGAUGUCUGAAAGAGUCACAGCAGAAUUGUAUAAACUGGGCAUUUCCUGUGGCACGUAUCAUGCUGGCAUGGGAAUCAGUGCAAGGAGAGAUGUGCAUCACAGGUUUAUGAGAGAUGAAUUACAGUGUGUUGUAGCCACUGUUGCGUUUGGCAUGGGCAUCAAUAAACCAGACAUCCGCAAAGUUAUCCACUAUGGAGCCCCUAAAGAAAUGGAGUCCUAUUAUCAGGAGAUGGGUAGAGCCGGAAGAGAUGGUCUCCCCAGCAGCUGUCAUGCUUUGUGGGCGCCAGCAGACAUGAAUUUUAAUAGACACAUGCUAAGUGAAAUCAAAAGCAAGCAAUUUCGGGAGUACAAGCUGAAGAUGUUAGCAAAGAUGGAGAAAUACCUUAAUUCAACCAGUUGCAGGCGCAAGAUCAUCUUAUCUCAUUUUGAAGACAAACAACUCCGCAAGGCCUCUUCCGGUAUCAUGGGAACUGAAAAAUGUUGUGAUAACUGCAAUGCCAGAUUAAUACAUGACCUUUCCACUACUGAUACAGAAUGUGGUCUUCAAGAUUUUGGUGAACAAGCACUACAGUUAUUAUCGGCAGUAGAAGCUCUAGGGGAAAAAUUUGGGACUGGCGUGCCUGUCUUAUUUCUCCGUGGAUCAAACUCCCAACGGUUGCCAGAUAGAUUUCGCCGCCACCCUCUUUUUGGUAAAGGAAAAGAUCAGACAGAGGUCUUUUGGAAGGCAUUGGCACGACUGCUAAUCACUGAAGGCUAUCUUCAGGAGUCUUCUGGUCAAAACAAAUUUGCAACUACAUGUGGUCUUUCAGUUAAGGGCAGAAACUGGGUUAGCAAAGCCAUGAAUGCCAAGUCCCCAUGCCUUCUGUUGCAGCCCAGUGAAGAGUUAUGUCCUCCAAAACGUAUUGUUCCAAGUUUGCAGCCGUGUUCUCCCAAGGAGACACAGCCAUCAACUAGUGCAAGGGUCAGUAAAUCUACAUCCAUUCAGAAAUCUUCAUUAAGAGACAAGUUUUCAUAUCAAGAUGCUGGGAAACUUCCCAAAACUACAGAAGUCUCCAAAAUCAGCAGUUUGAGGAAUAAGUCACCAUGCAAACCACCAGAGCCCACCGUGUCCCCAAGAGAGUUGGAGCUGCAGACUACACUCUAUGGCAUGCUGGUGGCAGCUAGGCAGAAAAUAGCCAGUGAGAAGGAUAUUCCUCCAGCUGUAUUGGCCACUAACAAGGUGCUCGUGGACAUGGCUAAAAUGAGGCCAACCUCUAUUGAAAAUCUGAGAAAACUGGAUGGAGUAUCAGAGGCAAAAGCCAAUAUGUUGGCUCCCCUCGUAAUGACUGUGAAGGAGUUCUGCCUCGCUAACAGUUUGCAGGUGGAUUCUUUUUCUACUUCUCGAACAAAUUCACAAACUGAUGUGGCUGUAACGAAAGGCCCUGCCUGCAUGACCCUCCCAGAGUCUCAGCGCAUCACCUACUCCCUGUUUCAGGAACAGCACUUAUCUUUGCAAAAGAUCUCUGAUGCCAGAAGUAUAAGCUUGGCAGCUGUUGGCAUGCAUCUAUGGCAGGCCCUGAAAGCUGGCUAUCCCCUCGAUGUGCAGCGAGCUGGCCUGACGCCUGCCAUACAGAAGACCAUUACAGAUGUCAUUAAAAAGCCUCCUAUAAACUCAGAUCUAUCAAGUUUUCAAGCUAUUCGGUCUUUGCUGGCACCAGAACUUGACAUCUACCUAAUAAGAAUGGUGAUUGCUCUGCUUGAAAAGGAGGGUGAGACAGGAAGAAAGUCAAUAUGCUUGGCCAGUGAAUCGGCACAAAGCCCUGCUGUGGGGCCCAGGGUUCCGUCGCAGGAGUGCACACAGCCCAAACACAAGUUGGACAGUUGGAUUGAAAAGAAGAAGCCAUUGGACGAGAGUAUGGGUAGUGCCCAGAAGUGUUCACUUCAACCAGAAGUGCCUAAGGCCUCUGUCAUAGCCCCUAUCAAACUUGCCUCAUGGAAUCAGCCUGUGGUGGAUGAAGACACUGAGGAGCUAUUCUCAGAUUCACAAAUACAGACCCCAAAAAGGAAAUUGCCUGAGUGGUUUGACGUUUCAAAGAGAAAUGCUACCUCAUCAAAUGUCAAAAAAUCUAAAACUGGGACGAAAAAGGGCCUUUUUGGGUGAAAAUGACCAUUCAACAACAUAGUGGUCAUUGUUGUUUCAGAUGAUAAGUACAGUACAUACCUGCUAUCUGUGGAACAUGCUGCACACAUAAAUGGAUCGCAUACUGCAGUAGGAAACAGAAAAGACAAGUUUAGAGGUUGUGCAGUUUAAUGUUCCUGUUCUGUGAACUCAGAAAACGUUAGAUUCACAAUUAUAUAGUUACAGACAUUGCAUCCUGCAUUAGCUACUUAAGGGCAGCAUAAAAGGAUGUAAUGUAACAUUACACCAGCUAAAAAUUGGAAACCUAGAAACCAUUUUGCAAUCAAAAAGAAAGACUUCCUAUCAGAAAAGGAAGUUCUUAGGACAACAUUCCUUUUAUAGCGUUAUUGCAUUAUGAGAAUCACGCUGAAUGCUGCCACUAGACCUUAUAGGUUGCUCUAGCGCAGUGGUUCUCAAACUCGGUCCUCAGGACCCCACACAGUGCAUGUUUUGCAGGUAAUUCAGCAGGUGCACAGGUGUAUUAAUUACUCACUGACACAUUUUAAAAGGUCCACAGGUGGAGCUAAUUAUGUCACUCGUGAUUCUGUGAGGAGACCUGCAAAACAUGCACUGUGUGGGGUCCUGAGGACCGAGUUUGAGAACCUGUGCUCUAGCGUUUUUGUUGUUGCCGCAUGUGUAGACAUCAGCACAGUGGGCAUGUUGGUAUAUUGUGAGCCCAUGUCUUUUUACACUGGGAUCUAUUUUCAUAUACUGCAAUUCUAUAUUUUACAAAUGUUAUUCUUUGUAUAUUAUGUACGUAGAUUCAGAGCACUGUCUUAGGGUAUAACUCAUCUUCCUAGCAUCAACGCGUUGCGUUCUUCUGUGUGUUUACCACAUGGUGAGCGCAGCUUGAAUGGGAUAAGUGUUGGGAUCGCUAAUCCAUAUGCUGAAGACUAUACUUUUAACAGAUGACUAUGAAAUAGAGAUCGAAGAAGAACAGUCAUGGUGUCUGUCCAUACACGGAGUAUAGCAAUUACUAGCUUCAAAUAGACGUCGACCAAACCAGUAUGUACUUCUGUUCAAGCACAUUCAUGAAGCAAUGAAUGCAGAUCACCAAGUCACAGUGGAUGUACAUGCAUUUAGGCUUAGCACCAAAUGAAACUUAGAUGAAAAAAAUCUGGUUUUCUACCAUUGUGAUGCAAAUGUAUAUAUGUAUUUGUUUAUUUGUUUUGUUAUUAUAUUUUUGGAAUUUUGUAAGAAUUGUUAAAAUAAAUUGUAAAAUUAUUCCUGCAUGUACCAGUGAUA